AUGGGCCUCGUUCAGUUCGAAGACGGCGUGGUUGUGUACUAUCCGUACGUACCCGCCAAGGCACCCGGUGCCGCCUUUCUGGCUCUAUUCACAUUUGCGACCGCCACACAUAUCGGCUUUAUGAUGAAAUAUCGGUCCUGGUUCUUCGUUCCCCUGAUCUUGGGUGGGAUCUGCGAAUUAUUCGGCUACUACGGCCGGUACUGGGCGCACGAUGCACCCAACAGUCCUAAGCCGUUCAUGCUGCAACUGAUGCUGAUCCUCGUAUCACCGGUCUUUAUAGCAGCUACUAUAUACGUCACCCUUGGCAAAUACAAGCAGGCGCUGCUAGGCCAGCCGAAACGGAAGUGCAGUCCCACGUCCGUCUUUGUCCUUACAGACAUCAUCGCCUUCUGUACGCAGAUUGGCGGUUCAUUGGUACAGGUGACGGGAAAUGUCAAGAUCAUGGAGAUCGGCGACCGCGUUGUGCUGGGUGGUCUCUGCUUUCAGUUAGUUGUCAUGCUCGUCUACUUGGCCCUCGUCGUCAAGUUCUACCGCACGGCGCAGCACGAGGUGACAGCGAGCGGUCCCAAGCAUUGGCAGCAAUAUUUAUGGGUGAUGGGCGCCUCGGUUGUUGUUAUUUGGAUCCGGAACUUAGUCCGAGUGAUUGAGUUUGUGGAAGGAUUCCAUGGUUUCGUUACGCAGCACGAGGCCAUGCUUUACGUCUUCGAUGCCGCUCUGAUGCUGUCUAUCAUGGUGCUAUAUGCCGUUUGGCAUCCUGCGAGGCUAGUUCGUAAGGCUAGUACUGGUCAGCAUCAUAAACUCGAGAGUAUCUGA